UUUGGAUCUUUUAUUUUUUUCUUACUCCAUUCAAAAAGAAAAAGAAAAUCCCGCGUUUUUAUGGUAUAAAUAUGACAUAUUACCUGGAAAGAUUAUUUGCAGAAACGAAUGCUGCGCAGCCUUCAACCGAAGAUCCCUCCAAUCGAAAUGGAGCAAUCUUCCAAAUCCGAUCAAGACCCGGCCCCCUUCUUCCCGUGGGACCUCCUCCCUCUCAACAUCCAAGAAUCAAUCCUCUCCCUCCUCCCCGUCUCCACCCUCGCCCGCUGCCAGUGCGUCUCCCGCUCCUGGCGCUCCACCAUCCGCUCACCCACCUUCCUCUCCUCCCUCCGCCGCAAUCCCGACGACCUCUACCUCAUCCCAUUCACCGACCAUCUCUCCCCCGCCGCCUACCAGCCCUCCCGCGACCGCUGGUUCAGACUCCGCCUCCACCGCCGCCCCGUCUUCCUCCCCCUCGCCUCCGAUGGCUGCCUCCUCGUGGUCUUGGACGACCACAGACGCCUCGCCGUCCGCAACCUUCUCUCCGGCGCCACUAUCGCCCUUCUUCCCGAGGUGGAGUCCGUCAUCAAACCCCGCGUCAUCGCUCUCAUCGAUGAAUUCCCCGCGGCCCAGUACAAGAUCGUCGCCGUUAGCCGGACCGAUCCCCUUGAGUCCCGGGUCUUCGACUCCCGUUCCGGCCGGUGGGAGCUCAAGGGCCAGCUUCCCCGCCAAUUUUUGGAUCUCGGCAGCGCCGUGUUCUUGGACGGCCUACUGUUCGUCCUCAGCCAAGGGCCCAAUCAUCUAUUGACCUUCGAUCCGAUCGGCGGCGAUUGGAACCUCGUAGACGUGGCGAUGCCGCCGGUUGUUCAUUCCCAUAUCUUGGAUUAUGAAGAUAGAUUGUUCUUGGUUGGGGGCGUGGCAAAUGUGGGAUGCAUUGCUACGAUUAGGAUUUGGGAGCUCGAUUUACCGAAGAAAGAAUGGAGGUCGAUCUGCUUCAUGCCUAAUCGAUUUUUCAGAAGAUUUAGAGGUCGCAGGCUCGAUUUUUUUUCUUUCUCGACGGCAGCACGGAGGGGGGUUGUUUGUUUCUUCAACGAUCUGGAUAGUACUGUGUUGAUGUUUGAUUUGCCUGCGAGGAGAUGGUGGUGGCCGCUGCCGUGUGAUGCAAUCCCUGCGGAGAGAAGGUUUUGGUUUGGGCAUGCGAUGGAGCCACGUAUCUAUCCGCUGAAAGGAUCGAAUGGAAGGCAUACAGAAGAUAAUGAUGAUAAAGGAUCCGAGUGACAUUGUAUAUCUUUAGUUGAUCAUGCGGUCACCUGAACCACUCUUUCGCUGGCCCACUGCCUCUACUUGGCUCCUCCUUUGUCCGAAAAAUGG